AUGGAGGUUAGAUACACAGAUGUUGACUAUCUUGUAUUUUCUGAUGCUGCUUCUUUGAUGGCAUCUGGAAAAUCCCCUUACCAAAGAUCUACUUAUCGAUAUUCACCUUUGAUCGCAUUUCUCCUCAUUCCUAAUUCAAUUAUUCAUCACUCCUGGGGAAAAUUUAUCUUCUCAGCUUCAGAUUUACUUGUCGGUUUGCUGAUCCACACCAUUUUGAAGCUACGAGGAGUGCCUCAGAGUAUAAGCACCUACUGUGCAAUGGUAUGGCUUGUCAAUCCAUUUACAUUCACAAUUGGAACCCGUGGGAACUGUGAGCCUGUAGUUUGUGCCAUGGUUUUAUGGAUAAUCGUUUGUCUCAUGAAUGGUAAUCUAUUGCAAGCUGCUGUUUGGUAUGGCCUGGUUGUUCACUUGAGAAUAUAUCCUAUAAUUUAUGCACUUCCUAUUAUCUUAGUUCUUGAUCCUCUCUACUUCCAGUCUGGUAAGAAGCCUGCUGUAAUAGAUUGGAGUUCUAGUAGAAUCAAGUCAGCCUUCAAGUCAAGUAGCACAAAAGGUGGUGAUCCACAUCAUACGUGGGUCUCUUUGACAAGACUGGUUACAGUAAGGAGACUUAUGUUCGGGCUGGUUUCUGGGGCUGUGUUCUUCUGUUGCACUGGGUUUUUCUUCUAUUUAUAUGGAUGGGAGUUCUUGCAUGAGGCGCUGCUAUACCACCUUACUCGCACAGAUCCUAGGCAUAACUUUUCUAUUAUUUUUUACCACAUUUAUCUCCAGUACGAACAUGAGUUUUCAGCCUUAGAAAAGCUCAUCUCUUUUCUGCCUCAAAUUAUAGUGCAGCUGGUUCUCAUAUUCCGCUUUGCACAGGAUUUGCCAUUCUGUUUCUUUGUGCAGACGCUAGCAUUUGUAGCAUUCAAUAAGGUCAUAACAGCGCAGUACUUUGUGUGGUUCUUCUGUCUGUUGCCUCUGAUUCUGCCAUGGUGCAGUAUGAAACUUAAAUGGAAAGGCUUGGCCUGCAAUUUUUUGUGGAUGGGAGCUCAAACGCAUUGGUUAAUUUGGGGUUAUCUGCUUGAAUUCAAAGGCAAGCAUGUCUUCAUUCAGCUGUGGUUGGCGAGUUUAUUCUUCUUGGCUGUUAAUACUUUCGUCCUUAUCAGUAUUAUCCGCCACCACACAUACUCCCCAGUAUUUAAACGGUUGGAGCGUGUGGGUUCAAAGAAAACUUCUUGACAUGAGUGAAAGAAGGGCAG